AUGACCGGCUCAGACGAGUAUAAUGGUCCCUAUAUCGAAAGUCUUUCUGGCAAAGGGUAUUCAGGUUCCUCUUCACAUCGCGGAGAGAGUUCGUCACAGGGUGAGAGGCGGAGACCUACAACUUCUGCUCGUAAAAGACGUGGAGCAGUUGAGUCUGAUAUUCAUGUUGAGGACCAUGGAGAUGUGAGGUUUCACGAGGAUGCAGUUGAGGAUCAUGAGGAUGUUGCUGAAGGUGGAUUUCCUGGAGGUCCAUUAAACGCUUCAGUAUUGACACAUUGCAUUCACCAUGUUGCUUAUGCGAUAUGGCAAGGUCGGGAACGGGACGAGAUCAAGUUGAUCUCCCAUGGGAAGAAGUUCAACAGAUUAGAAUCCUGCCACGAGGGCAUUAGAGACAUCGUUAAUGGUUCUGGUCUGAUGUCUUUGGUGGGCAUGUCAUAUGACUAUGUCGAUAGGAGUAUACGGCUGGCAUUUGUAGAGAGAUUUCAUUUCGAGACUAGCAGUUUCCAUCUCCCCGUGGGUGAGAUGACUUUGACUUUAGAUGAUGUGUCAUCGUUGCUGCACCUCCCAGUUUUAGGGCAGUUCUGUCAUCUAGAGGAAGUAGAUUUUGAAGACAGUAGACGCGCCAUUGUGGAGCUUUUAGGCGUGGAUGGCGGGAGAGCUGGUGCUGGGUUAACUGCAGCUCACAGUGUGAAAGUCAGAUUGAGCUGGCUUCGAGACAUCUACGCUGAGCACUGUGAAUAG